AUGGGGUCCCUGGCCUGGCUGCCCUUGGGGCUCCUGCCCCUGCUGCUCCUGGCGACGCAGGGAUACAGCUCGACGUCCUGUGGGCGCCGCCCCCUGGCGUCUGGCUACGGCGGGAUGCGGAUCGUGGGUGGCGUAGAUGCUCUGCCGGGGGCCUGGCCCUGGCUCGUCAGCAUCCAGAUCCCCACCCGAAUGGGCCCCCGGCAUUCCUGUGGCGGGUCCCUCCUCAGCCCCCGCUGGGUCCUCACAGCCGCUCACUGCUUCAAAGCCAAGAGAAGGGUCCUGGCUCGGUGGAGGAUUGUGAUUGGCAUCUCAGAGCUCUCCCACCUGUCAGACUUAGUGCAGAUCCGCUCAGUGCACAGGGCCGUGCUGCACCAGGAGUACAAUCCACGCAAGGAGACAAAUGACAUCGCCCUCAUCCAGCUCGACCGUCCUGUGACCUUUGAUGACCUCACACAGCCGGCCUGCCUGCCCAGCGCACUCAUGGCCGUCACCAGCCUCUCCCCCUGCUACAUCAGUGGCUGGGGCAGCACCAGCCAGAACACGGUGGGCACUGCUGACAUCCUGCAGGAGGCCAAGGUGCAGCUCAUUGACACUGCGACCUGUAACAGCAGCCGCUGGUUCAACGGGGCCAUCGCCAGCAACAACCUGUGUGCAGGGUACGAGCAAGGAGGCAUCGACAGCUGCCAGGGGGACAGUGGGGGACCCUUAAUGUGCAAAGAUGAGGUCACAUCCCGGUAUUACGUGAUUGGCAUCACCAGCUGGGGCCACGACUGUGCCCAGGCCCACAAGCUGGGCCUCUACACCUCUACCCAGCCCUUUCUGGAGUGGAUCCUGGAGAACACUGGGCUCCUGCAGCCCGAGGAGAAGACACCUGAGGAGAUAUUGCCACCACAGAUUGUGCCCCUCCAGCCUCCUGCUGCUGCCACCAAAGUUGGGCCUCUCCUGCUCCCUGUCCUGCAAGAGCCAGUCGCCCCGCUGGAGCCACCCUACGUACCUCCAGAGCCACCCUACAUACCCCCCGAGCCAGUCGCCCCCCUGGAGCCACCCUACGUACCUCCAGAGCCACCCUACAUACCCCCCGAGCCAGUCGCCCCCCUGGAGCCACCCUACGUACCUCCAGAGCCACCCUACGAACCUCCAGAGACACCCUACAUCUCCCCAAAGCCAGCCAUUCUCCCAGAACCCGUAAGCCCACACAGAGCAUUCCUCACCCACAAAGCCAUUUAUCCCCCACAAAUUAAUCCCCCCAAAGCCAGUUAUCUCCCCAGACCAGUAAUUGUCCUGAAACUACUGAUCCCCCCCAAGAUAUACGCCCAUACCCAUCACAAAGAGAGCGGCCCCUCCCCACCAGCUGUCUCUGCUCUGUCUGCACCCCAGGGGCCUGGAACCUCCCAGGAUUUUAAGAAGGACUGAGACAAACUGGGAAGAAGAGUCUUGACUCCAUCUAUGGGGGGAAUGUAGCAGCUGGUGGGGACCAGCCGCGCCUGUUGCCCUGAGGGACAGUGAUCUGAGUGACCCAGCCCCUGCAUGGAUUACAUGUGUUGAAUUUCCCUCUGGGUGCCCUUCUGGGCUGUUUAGCCUGUAGCCCUUGGAAGGCACCAGUGUCCCUGCUCCACCCCAGGAACUGAGGCAGGGCCUACAUGGCUCAGCACUGCUCUGGCAGCCAAGGCACGGGGACCAAGUCACACCCAUGGAGGCCCUGCCCAUAGGGGCCCACCUGUAUGUCCACCCAUCCCUCGCUGCAAGCACCUUCCUAAAAUAAUCUCCAACCCCACAGAUUUGGAGAUUGAGAGGACAAGGAUGGUGAGGAGAUCAUGCAGCGUGUCCUGCUCUCCUGAGGUCCCUUCCAGCCCAUGGUCUCCUGCGACCACGGGUUCUGCAGCCAAGAUAGACGUGGGGAGAGGAGUGACAGUAGAUAGUCUAGGGGUACCAUAUUUGAACAUUCAAAAAAGGGGACACUCCACGGGUGGGGGGGGGCUAUUUGCUCGCACCCCCGCCCCCUUCCCUGCCCCCAUUCAAACCCCUUCCCCAAAGACCUUGCCCCCACUCCGCCCUCGCCCUGCCCCAUUGCUCCCCUUCCCCAAAUCCCCGCCCCGGCCCUGCCUUCUCCCCUGAGUGCGCCGCGUUCCCUCUCUUCCCCCCUCCUUCCCAGCCAUGCAAAACAGCUGUUUCGCAAUGCAAGCACUGGGAGCUACGGGGAAAAAACAGGCACUCUCUCUUGAGUGAUCAGCAUUCACUCUCUUUCUUGAAUGAUCAACUUUGGGGAAAAAUAAUAAUGGCAAAAUCCCGGAGGUUUUUAGAUAUUUUAAAAUUCCUCCUGGAUGGGGAUUUAAGAACCAAAAAGCUGGAUAUGUCCGGGAAAAUACGGACAUAUGGUAAUCCUAAAGUAUUCUGGUUCCUGUGUUGCAGUGGGGAACUGAGGCACACAGGAAGUCUAUGGCAGUGCCAGGCAUUGAAUCCAAAGCUCCUGAGCGGCAACCCUUUGCUUCAGCGACCUAGGCUCUUUCAGGUCAUUAGCAACUCUGUGUUUUCUCAAGAGCCUCACUCCCAAGGAGGCUGGGCCUGCCCCACACAAGUUGUGUGACCCCAGCUCUUCAGUUACAUUGUAUGUGGGACCCAAUGUAGCCACAAGGGCCUCACACCUUUGUGACGUGGAGGAGUGAGGCCAGUUCAGGCACUCACAGCUCCCAGGUGGUACAAAUGAAUCAGACUGUACCUCAGUUGUUCUCACCUGGCCGCUGUUCAGCCUCCUGGGGAGAUCAGUGCACACUAAGCUAGGACUAAAGCCUCCACGUUGGCUCCCUCCCUAAUGUAUACAAAGCCACACUUUGCAGCUCUACACACCCCUUACGCAGCACGACUCCCUCAAGCUGAUGCCCAAGUUACAGGCACUUUUGCAGCUAGUGUGCCUGGAGGCCCAGAGCUGCUUGUUAAUUGCCCAGCGUGGGAAUCUAUGGGACAGUUCUCAAAGAAAGAAAAGUGAUUCCUCACCAGUGUGAUUAUGACCCUGCUCACUUUCCCCUUCUUCAGAGUCUUGGGGAAAGCAUUCACAGAGUAGGAGGAGGGAAUAUGGGAUGUUUGGGGUCCUUUUAUGCCUUGAAAGCCAGGAUGAGGGGCCCCAAUGGAUGCUGGUUUUAGGGCUUCCGACCUUGCCUGUUGUGCAAGUCUUCACCCUAACUGUGUGGAUCCACAUGGAUAAUCACCUGGAAGAACCAGUCAGGAGGGGAAAGAAUGAGUUUGGGGAGCUGGGAGAGAGGGGAGGUGAAAGCAAAAUCAUGACACAGUCCCCUCCCACACUGCCAUC